AUGGUUAUGCAUGGAAAAGUCUGGGCCAACUGUAUCGAUUGCUUGCUUGGUUGCAGUAUGAGUAUACACAGAAAGCAAAAAGGGGGAAGGAACUUGGAACGUGACUUGAGCCUCUCUGAAGAUAGCGAAGAUGAAGUGGAUAAGAUUUUACCACCGAGACCGAUACCAGAUCUUUCUGUCGAUUUAACGGCACCUUUGCUUCCGGCGAUGGCGUCAGCAGCUGGACCGCCCUUACCGCCAAUGUCGCCGAUGGGAAUGUCGCCAAUUGGUCCAUUGUCGCCGCCGAGGCCGUUGAGUCCACCGGCAGCAUCGCCGUUAAUAAAGCAACCGAUGCCCACGCCGCCAAGAAUGCUCUCGCCAACAAUUUCAAGUCCGGCGAAUAAACGAUCACCAAAUCCUCAGGCUCACCAAAGACCUCCAAGUCCACCUGGACAAGCGCCGCCAAGUUCUGGAAGCGCGAGUUCCAGCUCGGAUUCCGGAUCGGAUUCCUGUUCGGAUAGUAGCGAUGACUCGGAAGAUGAAGUGGCGAAGCCUCCCGUCAAGGGCCCCACGACUCCACCCUCCGUCUCCCCGCCAGCUCCCGUCGAGGAACCGCCGUCCGCGGUCGAGGAAUCGAAACGCCGAUGGGAUCUCAGUUCGUUCAUGAACAAAACCGCUCUGCAGACCGGCGAUCAGAACGCUGACACCAAAACCAAACAGAAUGACGCGUCGAGACGAUCGGGUUCGCCGAGUGCCCAGGCGGAAUCGAGAUCACGUCGCGAGACAAGCAGAAAUGGCGCUCACGAUUGGCAAUUGGACGAGGCUCUGAAGAGAACGCGAAAUUCGACAAUGAUGAGCGUGCUGAGUGACAGUGAACAGCAAUCGGACACGGAGAAACCCCCUGCAAAAGAAGAGCCAGAGAAACCAAAACCGCCAGACGUUCGAAAACGUGGUCGACCGAGAAAAUCGGUAAAAAGUCCAAAACCAAACAAUCAUCGUGCGUCCGACGAGGCAAUGAAGAAUGUGACGAAACGCAGUCGACCAAGAGCUGGCUCGUCAAGUGUAGGCGGUGUCAAUAGUCUAAAGAAGAAGGUACCUACCUCAAAGCCCACGUUGACGACCAGCGAUGACGCGAGUGACGCGAGAUCGCCGGCCGUCUCCAGUGAUUCCGAAUGUGAACGUCCAACGACAGCGUCGUCGGUGAAAAUCCCGGUGAAACGUCGAUCGCGAUUGAGUGUCUCGUCGAAUGACGACGAUGGAAAUGCUUCUGAUAAGAAUAGUGGUUCGGAUGAUGAGGACUCUCGAUGGAGGCGGGUUUCCGUUAAGCGCAACAAAAUCCCAGAAUCGCCCAAGAAGCAACAGGAUAAUAAUAAGAAGAAGAGCCCCACGAAAAGCAAUCCCAGGAGGCCCAGAUCUCGAGUCACUAAUAAUAAUAAUAAUAAUUCUGGUUACCAUUCCGAUUCAGACAGCGAUUCUGAAUUUACGAACAGUGAGGCCGUGAGGAAUAGCAGAAUUCAGGUCGCUCGAGUACCUCCUCGACCUCGAGCUCCAUUAACGAGGACAACAUCGCCAGACAAUUCGGACAGUGACAAUAGUCCGGCAUCGGGAAAAUUACAGGAGGAAGACGGCGGCAAUGUUCAGGACAAAAAGAAGAGUGACACUCUUAGGAAAUUAUUCUCAUCGGCAAAGGGCGGUGGCAAGGGUGGCGGUAAAGGUGGCAAGGGCGGCAAAGGUGGCGGCAAAUGCGGUAUAUACGUCGAGGAAUAUACAUCGGCAAAUACUCCAACAGGUGGAGAAAGUCCAUAUAAGAGGCUCUCGUCGCAAACUUCCACAAUUCCGAUACCUCCAAUUAGUUUUGUUAAUGGUCUACCUAGUGUUCUCUGUCGACUUGAUUUAAGUCGAAUUUCCCAUAUACCGCAAAUUUCACGCGGCAAAGAACUGAGACAACGUACCGAGCUUCCCGACACGAGGCCGUCUUCCAGACAACAACAACAAAAUUCAUCGUCCGCGCAAAGAUCGUCAACGACGACGACGAUGACGACGCCGACAAUACCAGAGGAGGGUGAAAUUGUUGAGAAUCCAACGACGCAGGACGUUAGUAGUAGAUCGCGUUCAAUGGACACGAAAAACAUUGUGAUUAAAACCGAAUUGGAAAUGAAACCGUGUUCUGUAAAUAUUAUUAAUAUGUGUAAAGGUGAUGGUGAUAGUGCCGGUUUAAUGAACACAUCAAGCAGUUCCGGUUCGGGUUUAAGUGGUGCUUUCAACGGCAAUGCGCCCAAGCGGAAACGCAAUUUGAGUUGUAGCUCGGUUUCGAGUUUGAGUACUGUGUGCUCGGUUGAUGUCAAAGUCAAGGACGAGGCCAAGGAAAAGAAGAAGAAGAGGAAACGAAAGCACUUGGAGUCUGAUGUCGUUGCUUCCAGACCCUCCGCUAAUCAGCAGUCUGACGUUCAACCAACAAAUCACGAGCGGGAAGAAAAACCAGAUUUGGAUGAAUUACCACCGCCUGAAACAAAACGUCUCUAUUUCUCCUAUUUCGAUCCUCCGGUUCAUGUUAAGGAAGACGACGAGAGGGACCAGAAUCAGUACCUGACAGAAGCUAAACGGCUGAAACAUAGUGCUGACGUUGAAAGCGACACCACGGCUCAGGGCAUGAUGUAUAUUGAAGCAGUUAUGUACUUCGUUCUUACUGGCUGUACCAUGGAGAAUGAUCCCGUAACUGAAAGAUCAUCUUUCACCAUGUACAGAGAUACUCUCAGUCUAAUUAAGUUCAUUUCCUCAAAGUUUAAGACGCAACAUGCAUCAGAAAGCAGCAUAAAUACCAAACUAAUUGUCCUAAGUCUAUGGUGCCAGUCUCUUAUCUACAUGAAGCUCUAUCAAAUGAGAAAAGUCGAAGUCAGGGAGCAUCAGAAGGUCCUCACUGAUUAUUACCAAAAGAAUCCAUCGACGCCGAUUCAGCCGGAAGGUCAGGGCACGCCGUCAUUAUCGCCAACACCAUCGCCAGCAGGUUCGGUGGGUUCGGUUGGAAGCCAAAGUUCCGGAUACAGUAGCGGAGAAUUGGCUCACAGAUGCGCUAACGGACAACAACUUCAAGCUGCUUCCUACGUCAGUGUUCCUCUAGGAGUUUACAACGCUUUUUCCAGUCAGAAUUAUCAUUUUAGUUUACUCAUGAGUGGCCACGAUCUUUGGGACCAGGCGAAUGCUUUAGUAACCGGGGAACACAAAAAGUUUUUCAUCGAGCUGGAUGGAAAAAUAGGUCCUCUAACAUUGAAAAGUUCACUGCGAGAUCUUGUGAAUUAUGUGUUAGAAGGGAUCAAUAAAAUGCGAGCCCUUUGACCUCAGUGGCACAGUCCCCGACCACCAACUCCAAAUUACAUCACAGCUCUCCCUCCUAACAUGUCAACGUAUUCAAGUCUGUUUACGUAAACAAAAGAAAAGAAUAGACUCUUAAAAAAAACUUGUUGAGCUAAAACUAGUGUUUUACGAUUCAGUUUUUCUUUUCGUUCGUCGAGCACAACAGACGUAAACAUAUAUACAUAUAUAUAUAAAUAAAUAAAUAAAUGAAAAAAGGUGCUUGAGGUAUUUUAAAGGAACGGGUUUUUACGUUUCUCGCCAAAAUUCAAAAAAAAAAAAAAAGCGAGGAACACGUCUCCUGGAGGGAUAAAACAACGUUCAGGUUCUCGGGGCUAUCAUCAUCAAGUGUUACACACCUCGUGAUUCUGAGCGAUUUCUUUAACUUCAAAGACUGCUAAAUUAUUCCUGUCGAUAACCCUCGUUGCGACCAGAGAGAAUUGAGAGAAUACAAUGGUGGCGACAUUGCCUUUAAAAAAAAUAAUCACGAAAUGGAACAAAAAUGACGAAAGUCAUUUUUUUUACCGGAAGAACCAAAUGACGAUUUUUGUAUAUUUAGAGCAAAUUUGUAAGCAAACAAACAAUUUAAUGCAAUUUAAAGAAAAUCGAAAGCUCCAAAAAACAAGGAAUUGUACAUGCGAACAAGUUUUAAAACAAAAUUUUUGUAAUUAACAGACAAUUUUAUAAUAAAUAAAAAGAAAAUCGUUUGUCUUCGUCAACCACCAUUGCUCUCGAAUUCGAAAAUUAUUUAAAAAUAAAUACAAAAAUCAUGUAGAUAACUUAGUAGAAAGAAAGAAUUGUUAGUACUUUAUUCUUUGGCUGAGGGUCUAGAACGCGAAAUAGAUGAGGAACAAAAAAUUGUAAAAUGUUUCUCUAUUUUUCUUUCCGAGGUGUCUUGCUUUUUUGUAAAAUGUGAGUAGAUACAAUAACAAAAAAAAAGGAGAACAAAAACAAAGUGCCACAGGAGCGUGCGCUCUCGCUCCUCGUCGCGGGAAGUCUGCAGGUUACCUGAAGCAUAAAUAAUGUCGUUAAGUGAUCCAAAUCCAAGAAUACACGAUGAAUAUAGUUUAUUACGUAUAUAAAGUGAUUAUAUAUACAUAACGAAAAAUUCUAUAUAUACAUAUAUAGUAUUUGAAGCGUGUGUACAAUAUAUGCGUGUGCACGUGAAGGAAAAUAAAAAAAUAAACAAAGUGCGCGCUUGCGCGUCUGUUCGCCGAAGGAUUUUGCUCGAAUCCAUUAAAUUUCUAAGCGUCGCAAUUCCAUCGGUUCACUGACGCGACUUCGUGUUUAGAGUUUUCGAUUUUUUGUUUGGUAAAAUUACGUCGACAUGGAAUAUUCGGAAUUUUUCUGUAGCCGAAAGAGUUGUAUUUCGUUUUAACUACUUUUUCACUUCUUUCUCCUCUUUUUUCUCAUCUUUUUAUUUUUUCUCUUUUCUCUUUUUACUCUUUUUCUUCUUUCUUUUCCUUUUUUCCCCUUUUUCUUCUCUUCUUUAUAUUCCAUAUUUCCUUUUUAUUCUUCGAUAUUUCUUCACACGAAAAGCAAAUAAAUAUCAAAGUAAAAGUAUUUUACAAUCUGGAGAGAAAAUGCGACAAAAUUUUGAUAUGAAAAAUACUAAAAUUUAAACCAAAUGCAAAACUUUUAGUAAAUUUGUAUUAAAAUUUAUUUAAUAUUUAUAUUUAUUAUAAUUAUACUAAAUUUCACGUGUUUAUUAAAAUUUUAGCAUUACAGGAAAAUUUUGCUAUUGUUUUUUUUCUUCAAAAAGUGUAAAAUACUUUUUACUUUAAUAUUUAUUUUCUGUAUUACUUAAUUUCUUCCACUGAAACUUUUUUAGUUUAUUAAUUCUUCUCACACCCACUUUCAUUUAUUCUUCUACGAAUAUUAUUUUCACAACUCAAAUUAAUCUCUUGUAAAUUUGACACUAGAUGGAAAUUAACAAAAAAAAAAAUUUUUCCCUCUUCCGACUCUCUUGAAUAUUGAUCGCGUUUAAAAUUGCCCACGAUUUCGAGGAAAGGAAACUUUAAAGGAAUUUAAAUAGAAAAUUACUAGCGUAAGAUAAUGUGUGAUUUAAUCUUUUUUUCCCAAUCAUGGGCAAUUUUAAAUAUCUUUCUCUUGAAAUC